AUGGCGGCUUCUAAUGCCGCUGGCGGUCACGGAUUCAAAGUUGAUGCAACCAUCCUACCCAAUAUUAAACCUAUCAAAGAAGAGUUCGAUUUGCGACAAUCCUUCGGCUUCAGCCUAAGAGAUGAAGAUCUUCACCCUUCAUGGACCUCUCCGUACAACAAGCCCAAAAAGGAUGACACUCCGCAAAGCGAUGGAAAUAUCUUAGCCACUGCUUGGGAACGGGUUCAAAUCCCGUACCUCGACAAUCAUCACUUGGGGCAUCAGUCGGAGGACAAGGAAAAGGCUGCUUUGAAAGCCUACGAACAGCAACACAAUGCUCUCUGCGAAUUACGUCACAACUUCCAGAAUCACAAGGAGCUAUCCAGGUUCGCCGACCAUAAGGACUCCAAGGAUGUCAUUCCAUCCAAAGAAGCAAUUCAUCACCUUGCCUACCGCUUAAUCUCGCAGGCUCAACAGCAAGAGACGGCGGUACUUGGAAAAUUUGAAGAAGGACAAUGGUGGAUUGCAACCCCGGAGGAGAGCAUUAACCUGCCUCUGGUUGAGACACCAAACCCAACAUCGGGCACGACGCAAAAUGGUGGGGAAACGGACGCUCCCACUACUCCCAGGGAAGCUCCAAAAGCCGCUUAUACCGUUUACUGGGUAUGCUUUACGGACAUCAAACAUCUAGCAGUCAUCAUUAGGGAGAAACUUACCGGCAACACAUGGUACUUUGAUUCUUUCAAAUCUAAUCAAGAUCAAGCCGAACAAAGGCACGCAUCCGUUCUUUCUGGGCUGCGCAAUUGGUGUCGCGAAAACAGGAUUGAUGUUUCCAAAAAGACGAAGCACCGUCUCGUUGACGUCGUUCCCCAAGAGUUCGCCUGGGAAUGUGGCCUGCACGCCGUUGCUCACAUCUUAGCCUUCCUUCGCUUUGGCGUCUUGGGCUGGCACGAAAUCCCUGCGUAUGGGAGGGGAGGGGACGACUGGGCGAAGUCACAGAAGUUGCGACUUGAUAUGAUGAAGGCGAUGGAGCUAUCAAUGGGACUCAAGCCAACACCGCACGUCGAUGCACUCCCGACUGAAGCAAUGGCGGUUGAUGAGGGCUCAAACGAGAGUGGAGAUAAGUCUGCUUCUUCAGCUCAUUUAGAUGGUUCAGAAAAGCCGUGCGAAACAAUGACAAGCUCUUUACACGGCCUUGUGGGAGUCGCUUUGCCACCACCCACUCCCAAAGACGAUGGGGCCAGUACUGUCAAGGCUGUUUCAGCCUCAAAGGAGAAGACGGACUCCAAUUCUGCUGAUAAGACCAAAGCGGCCUCUUCUGGGAAGUCCAACUCAGUCUCCUCCGGGACACCUAACCAAGAAAGUUCUGGAUCUAAGCCUUCGGACACCAUGGGAAAUUCCAGCCAGCCACCGGGUAAGAAUCCCGCCAAGCUUGAUAACAUCCCACGAAAGGAUGGGAAGGAACAUGCUGUACCCCAUCCUACGUUUUUCAACGCUGUCAGAUACCAGCAACAACACCUAACAUUUCGGUUUCCUACAUACCCAUCCCUACCAUUGCCGCCACAUGAAGUCCUUUCCGUCAUUAUCCCCCCAUACGAUGCUUAUUUCGGCAAGGAUCUUGAGGGACUUCAUCCCGCUUACGAACGGGUUGAUUUUAGAUGUUGCGAUAGGCUCAAACUUGCAGAUCGUUCCAUAUAUGCCGAGGCGGCCUAUGAGCAGAUCCAUAAUGCCCUAGUGGAUAUGCGCAAAAGUAACUACCUCUCGAUUGAUGCAGUGUAUCAUUUGGCUUGCCGUUUUAUCUCGUACGUUCAGGAUCAACCCGGCGCCAGAGCACUACUGGGAGCUUGGGGGCUGGGAAACUGGUGGCUCGCCCCCGUGGCCUUUUUUAUCGAUGUUUCCCAUCCAACGACGGGCGUGGAGCAACGAGCACAAACAUUCUCAGAGGUAGCCGCAAAUCAGGAAGCUGUUGGCCCAAUUUGGGGAGACAUUUCUACUUUCGAGGACAAUUUCGAUCAAGCCCGCUACACUGUUCACUUUGUCCACCAUUAUGAGCCAGAUCAUUGGACAGUAAUUGUCCGAGAGAGAGACACUGGCCACUUGUGGCAUUUUGAUUCCGACCCAAAUAAGCGUGAGCAAAAGUUCAACGCAGCCGUCGAUCUUCUGACAGAUUGGCUUCGUCGCUGCAACAAGCAAAUUCCCGAAACGAGCGAGGCAUUCAACGUUUCUACCACAGCACAAACCCGUGGUUGGGAGUGUAGUUUGCAUUCCAUCGCCAAUGCCAUGGCGUUUCUCCGCUUCGGCAUCCUUGGGUGGAAUCAGUUGAGCUGCAUCGCCCUGGAGACCGACAAAGACCCGGCUAAUCCGGCUCGUACCGUGAACCCGGACAGGCUCAGAAUAGCAAUGAACCGAUCCUUGCAUGGCCUUUGGGGCCUCAUGAUGAAGGGCGAAUUCAAUCGUUUCGAAAAGGAUGUGGCCCGUGCCGAGGAGGAAGCCAACCAAGCCGGGCAAGCCGGGCAAUGGGAUGACACGGAGGUACAAAAGGCGAUGAAGGAUCAGUCACUACACGUCAAGGAGAGCAAGGCGGAACACCAAUUGAAGCAAAUGGUAAAUAAGCCUGAAAAUCAGCAGGAACUCAAUGCGGCUGAGGCAGAGGAAAGAAGGGGUUGGGAGAAGAAGAGGAUGGAGCAGAAGGAGAAGGAGCAGAAGGAGAGGGAGGCGAAGGCGCGAGCAGAGCAAGAGCUCAAUGACAAGCUCAAUGGUGAGUUUGAGGACGCUUCUACUUAUGUUUCCACUCCGGACGGGAAGAAGCAGCCUGAGAAGGAGAAGACAUCGGAGAAGGAGAACGGGGAGGAAGAGAACAAUGAGAACGGGGAUGAGAACGAGGAUGAGAACGAGGAUGAGAACGAGGAUGAGAACGAGGAUGAGAACGAGGAUGAGCUCAAUGACGAGCUCAAUGAUGAAUAUGAGGAUGCUUCUACUUAUGAUUCCACUCCGGGAACAGAGACGCAUCCUGAGAAAGAUAAUAACGAGGCAGCGAACGAUUCGUUCGAUAACAUUUUCGAUGACUCGGCUAUAACUCGCGGUCUGGUGCAGGACUAUCAAAAUAUGCAGGCAGUGGCGCCCGUACAGAGGCAGGCGUGGAAGACGGCGAGUAUGCUCGAAACAGUCUUGCGGAAGACACACGUGCAACAGAAGCGGAAGGGGGAUGAUACGAUGGAGAAGGAGAAAGGGCCGGAGCCGCAAGAGCAGCAGGGGACACAAGAGGAGGCUUCCAACUCUCGUAAGCGUGGAGCGACAGACGACGCCGACGCCGACGAUGAUGAGUCGUCUAGCCGACCAAACAAGAGGGCCAAGCAAACCCCUGAACCUGAACAAAAUCCCGCUGAGAAUCCCUCCAAGAGCCCCAAGAACAAGAGGAGAGCAGAAGAUGAUGCUGACUACGACAACGAAAACGACGACUCCGAGUCAUCCGGCCGACCAAGCAAGAGGGCCAAGCAAACCCCUGAACCUGAAAACCCUCCCGCUGAGAAACCACCCCAGAGCCCCCAGAACAAGAGGAAGACGCCGCCGCCACCCGACGCCGCCGAGCCGAAGACCCCCGCUAAAAAAGGCAAGGUCAGCACCAGACGGAGUGAGAGGCUUAGAUCUGUUUCUCAGGAACCAGCAGCUUCUCAGGGGGACUCUGCUGCCCCGAAAGCAAAUGCUACUCCGAAGAAGGCGAACGCUACUCCUGCAAAGGCAAAGGCUACUCCUGCAAAGGCAAAGGCUACUUCAAAGACAAAGGGUGUUAAGGACUCAGAACCUGGCGAUUCAGACCCCGAAGAUUCAGAUGAUGAGCGUGAAGAAUCCGAUUGGCAGCUAGCCAACAGGGGCAGAUUUACAAUGAUGACCUAUUCCGAGCUGAGAAGCGAGUGCGACAGGAGACUACUGGCCGGACCUUCCGAGUUCGGCGAGCACCGAACCCUCUCGUGGAAGGCCAGGGUGAGCGAAGGCCCGGGCGCCAGACCCCGUAUUAUCGACGAGCUGGUGUGGUACGAUACACCCGAGGGAUUCGCGGAAGACCUCGAUGGCAAGACGCCCGAAGAGUUGAAGGAGAUGUGCCAGACAACGUAUAAGUUGUAUUAUUCGGCCAAAAAGGGAUACCCGGAUGCUAUGAGACAGAGGCUGGAGUGGUUCUAUAAUGCGCAACAAGAGAGUAUGCGCAGGCUCAUUAGAGAUGGGGAGAUGCCUCCCCCUCCUGAUUGGGAUGAAGAUGAUCAGGGCGGUGAUGUUGAACAGCAGCAAGAGGAGGAGGAGGAGGUAGAAGAAGAGGAGGAGGAUAGCACGCAGGAGAAGGGUUUUGUUCCGGAUCUGAAGCACCGUCCCUGA